UAUUUCUGAGCAGCAGGUUGAGGUGAGAGUCUGCGUCGGGGAUUAAAUAUUAGUCCAAAUUGCGUGUGCAAUUAAACGAGAGUGGGCUUCAGUCUGCCAUUAAGGCCGGCCUUCUUACACGCUGACAGCUCAGUAUUUUCACAAUUUGAAGAAAUGUCAAAGGAAAUUAGCCCUCCCUGAAUUCUGCAAUUAAAACUCAAGUAGUUAAUGAGACCUCUUCACCUUUAGGUUGCCCCGGGUAGACGUUUGUGGCGAACUUAGCCUUUUAAUUGCUGUUAUUAAAUAAAUCAAUCCCCUUUUCCUCAAGACCUCGCGCUGCUUUUGUGAUUGACACGUGAAAUUGGCGUGUGUCGGUUGUUUUAACCGCGGCGCGCGCGCGUGGAGGCGAGCAGUCGCCAAAAUCGCGAAUUUCAGAGCUCGAGAGCAUAAUGCGCGCGGGAUAAGUAUUAGUUCAAGUGUUGUCUGUUUUCCUAAGUAAUGACUAUCCCUCUCUUUUAAAUGUCAUUUCGGUAAUCGCGCGCGUUGUCAUGGUGAAAGGUGAAAGGCAUGAUAUUUAUGGGAAGGAGCAGGGGGCAUUCAGGGCAGCUGCGACAGUCUGACACUCCGACCUCCUCUUCGCGCCGUAGCCUCUCGCCAUGUGUGAAGAUUGCAAAGGAGACGAAGACCUUCUAGGCAAAUGCACCGAGGACAGGAGAGACAUAAUGGGAGCGCCGGUGGAGGUUCUGGAUGAAGACGCGUCGUCGCUGCAGGCGAUGGCAUCUGCGCCUCUGUUGGGGAGAACAGUGUGUGCGAGCUGCAGCGAGGAAAUAGUGGACAAAUAUUUAUUAAAGGUUAACGACUUGUGCUGGCAUGUGCGCUGUCUCUCCUGCAGCGUGUGCCAGACUUCGCUUGGCAGCCACACGAGUUGCUACAUCAAAGAAAAGGAGGUUUUCUGUAAACUGGAUUACUUCAGAAGAUACGGCACCUGGUGCGCAUGCUGCGGCCGGAACAUCCACUCCACAGACUGGGUCCGCCGGGCCAAGGGCAACGUCUACCACCUGGCCUGCUUCGCCUGCUUCUCCUGUAAGAGGCAGCUGUCCACCGGGGAGGAGUUCGCCCUGGUGGAGGGAAAGGUGCUCUGCAGGGUGCACUACGACUGCAUGCUGGACAACCUCAAACGGGCCGUGGAGAAAGGAAACAGUGUUAACAUGGAGGGCGCAGUGCCCACUGAGCAGGAGAUCAACCAGCCAAAACCGUCCAAGAGAGCUCGGACCAGCUUCACUGCCGACCAGCUGCAGGUGAUGCAGGCUCAGUUUGCCCAGGACAACAACCCAGACGCACAAACACUGCAGAAACUGGCGGAGCAGACGGGCCUCAGUCGAAGAGUCAUACAGGUCUGGUUCCAGAACUGUCGAGCGCGCCACAAGAAGCACGUGAGCCCCAACCACACCUCCAGCACCCCCAUGACCUCGCUGCAGCCCACCCGCCUGUCGCAGCCCACCCCGACCCCCGAGGAGCUGCAGUACACAGCCUACGGAGGCCCGGAGGGGUCCAUGCUCUCCGCACUGCACUCCUUCAUAGACAUACACUCUCCUCCAUCCAUGUUUCAACCGCUGCUGCCAGCCCACGCCAUGACCUCGCUCCCUGUGUCUCACGCCUGAGCUGCUCACAUGAAAAAACACACACACAGACACACACAGCAGACAGCAACCUCAGACUUCGCCAACGUUCGUCCGCCAUUAGCAGCCUCAGUGUUCUAAUCUCUAUGGUAAAUAUCAUUUCACUUUCAGUGAACCAUAAAACCCUUUUCUCUUCUUGAACUGCCAGUAACUCAUCGCACCAUGUUUCUAUUUUUGUUAUGGAUGACUCUAAUGUACUGUAUAAUGUGGAAAUGGAAAGGUUUCAGUGUACCUCAUACCAUUGUGACACCUGACAUCCUAGGUUUAUAUUUGUUUGUGUAGUUGGUGACAAAGCUUGACCGUGCUACUCUAAGUGAAAGCCGCCAGACCCAAAGCGUCAGCUCCGUAUGAAGAUGAACUUGAACUUGUUUGUAUAGCAGUGUUGCGAUUUAAUUUAUUGUAUGUGAAGAUGUGUUUUGAGAAUAAAUGUCUAAUUUCACAAA